AUGUCUCUAGUCAAGCUCGCCAAUGUCUGUGCGCAUCUACAAAACGUGUCUAUGGCAAGAGUGCCUCUGGCAGCCAUUCCAUACACCCGUUUGCAUUUACAAAUUGCAUUAGGUCUUCAUAAGGAGGGGUUUAUUUCCACCUUGCAGAGGGGAUCCACGGCCGGUCCAGACAUCACGCCCGUCGAAGUCACACCAGACAACAUUGCCACCCGUCGGUUGUGGCUUGGCAUGAAGUACAGACAGGGGAAGCCGGUUUUGUCCAAGUUCCAACUAAUUUCCAAGCCUAACAGAAGGGUCUAUGCCAAUGCCGACGAGUUGAAGGAGUUUGCCUCUGGCCAGAGAUUCAGGUUUGUCAAGCCGCUGAUGCCAGGUGAGAUUGUCUUUGUUAGGCCUAAGGGUUCCAAAGAGGUGAUAAACUUGCACGAGGCAGUCAAGAAACAGGUUGAUGCCGAAUUGUUAUGUAGGGUUUACUAG